UUCGGAUUGGAAAAUUGUUUGGUAGUUUGGUUUCACCUUCACAACCGAUUAGUAAGAUGAUCGAAACUGAUCAACCACCGAUUCCGGAUGUCAAUCAUGGUGAUGGAGAAGAGGAUAUCAAAGUAACAGUGAAGGAUGAUCAGGAGCUUGAACUUGAACAUGGUACUCCUACUAAUAAUCUUGAUUUGAUGGGUACUGAUUUAAUUGAGAAUGAGAAAAAAGUUUGUUUGAAGGAUACUAAUGUUCAGGUUAAUGAUCAGGAAGGGUUUGGAAGAGGUCGACCUACUUUAGAAAUCCAAUGUUAGAGUAAUUGAUUGGUUGAAUUUCUUUGGGGGGGAAAAAGAAAUGGAUUCGGAAUUUGGAUUGUUUUUUUACAUGAUGAUGUGUUUCUUGUUGUGUGUUUUUUUUUGUAUUGGAUUUGUUGUUUUUCUUUCUUUUCUUUUUUUAGAAGGUCUUGAGGAUUUGUAAUUUCAAAAUUGGCUUUUUUUCUUGAUUAUACAUUCCUUCUUUUUUGAUUUGAUCAUUCUUUUUUUUUCUUUUUUUGAUGAACUUAGAUCUCUUUUUCAUAUAUAUACUCAUUCUUUCUUUCUCUCUCUUGGUUUGAUUUCACUUACAAUUUUUUUUCUUUCUUUCUUUUUUGUUUUUAUGAAACUUUUUUUUCUUUCUUUUAUGAAACCAUUUUUUUGUUUUUAUGAAGAUUAUUUUUUAACUUGUUUUCUUUAAAAAAAAACUGUAAUACAGUUUUCAACC